ACUAGAAAGUCGGUAAAACAACAGAAAAUACAUACACAAAAAAAGUUCAUAGUACCUCAGAGUGUCAGCUCUUUCACUUUCCAUUGUCAACAAGAAAAAGGUGUUUUUGUGGUUGAAUUCGGGGAUCGAGUUUGAAACUUUGGGAGAGUUCUUGGGAGUGAAAGUGUUAGGAGCUUCGUGAAGUUUUUCAUGUUGUUUAUGUAUUUGUUUCUAGUUGUUUUUGUGGUUUAAGUGCGGGAUCAAGUUUGAAACUUUGGGAGAGUUCUUUAUAGGGAAUGAAAUUGUUUGGAAGUUCUUGAAGUUUCAUGUUGUUUAUAUGUUUGAUCUGAUGGCUUUGUUGUGUGUGUGAUUGGAUUUGGGGAUCAAGUUUGAAACUUUCGGAGAGUUAUUUGGGAAUGGAGUUUGGAGGUUCUUGAAGUUUCAUGUUGUUUAUGUACUUGUUUGUGUUUUUGUGGUUGAAUUUGGGGAUCAAGUUUGAAACUUCGGGAAUGAAUUUGGAAGUUUCGUGUUGAUUAUGUGGUGUAUGACUGUAUUUGGGGUUCAAGUUUGAAGCUUUGGGAGGUUGUCAGGGAGUAAAUGUUUGUUGGAUCGAAUAGACUGAUUAAGGAUUCUAUUAUUGACUAUUGUGGAGCUCUUCUGAUGAGCUGAGAUGUGAAAAAAUAGAAGUGAUCUCAGGAUUAAAAGAAAAGAAGAACGUGGGAGGUUCAUAUUCUCUGGAUUCGACUAUAACAAGGUAUAAGUUUCAACGUCGUGUUGGAAUUUGGGAGAUUUAACUUGGAAUAGUUUGUAGGUCGAAAAUGGGGUCAAGACAAGAGAGGCAUAGAUCUGAUCAUGAUCUUGUGCCAUUAGCAGCACUGAUAAGCAGAGAAUUGCGGAAUGAAAAAAUGGAGAAGCCAACUGUAAGAUACGGAUGUGCAGCUCAGUCUAAGAAAGGUGAGGAUUAUUAUCUGAUGACGACAGAUUGCCAGAGAAUUCAUGGCAAUCCUUCAUCCGCCUUCUCUGUGUUUGCGAUCUUUGAUGGACAUAAUGGAACAGCAGCCGCAGUGUACUCAAGGGAUCAUCUACUAAAUCAUGUUUUGGGUGCCAUUCCUUGUGGACUGGGGAGGGAUGAGUGGCUUCAAGCUUUGCCUCGUGCACUAGUUGUAGGGUUUGUGAAAACUGACAAGGAGUUUCAGAAGAAAGGACUAACAUCUGGAACUACAGCUACAUUUGUGAUUGUUGAUAGAUGGACCGUGACAGUUGCGUCUGUUGGAGAUUCACGCUGCAUUUUGGAUACUCAGGGUGGUGCUGUUUCAGAAUUAACUGUAGAUCACAGGCUUGAAGAAAAUGCAGAGGAAAGGGAGCGUGUCACAGCAAGUGGAGGCGAAGUAGGAAGACUUUGUAUUUUUGGUGGUACUGAGAUUGGUCCUCUUCGCUGUUGGCCAGGAGGUUUAUGCCUUUCAAGAUCAAUCGGAGAUAUGGAUGUAGGAGAAUUCAUUGUUCCAAUACCAUAUGUCAAACAAGUGAAACUAUCAACUGUAGGUGGAAGGCUAAUUAUUGCAUCUGAUGGAGUUUGGGAUGCCAUAUCAUCAGACAUGGCUGCCAAGUCUUGUCAUGGCUUGCCUGCUGAGCUUGCUGCUAGACAAGUUGUGAAGGAAGCUUUGAGGACACGAGGGUUGAAGGAUGACACAACAUGCAUAGUAGUUGACAUAAUACCUCCCGAUAACACUGUACAGCCUGCAACUCCGCCCAAGAAGUAUAACAAGCUUCGAUCUCUUUUUUUCAGAAGAAACUCGCAAAAAUCUGCUGGUAAACUAUCGAAAAAGCUGUCAGCUGUAGGCAUUGUAGAAGAACUGUUUGAAGAAGGCUCAGCAAUGCUUGCUGAAAGAUUGGGGAGUGAGGAUUCAAAUGGUCCAUCAAUGUCCGGUCUCUUCAUUUGUGCUGUUUGCCAGGUCGACCUUGCUGCAAGUGAAGGCAUAUCAGUACAUGCUGGUUCAAUUUUCUCGACAAGCUCAAAGCCUUGGCAAGGUCCAUUUCUAUGUGCUGACUGUUGCAAUAAGAAGGAUGCCAUGGAAGGAAAACGACCAAGUGGUGUUAAAGUCACUUAACUCGUGCAUCGUUGCCAAGUUGUGUCUACAAUUUUGUUACAGUAAUUCUUUCUGAUAUCUGCCUCAUAUCUUAGUUAAAUUCAAAGGUGAUUUAUUGAACAUUGGCAUCAGAGCAUAAUACUAUAUGUCAGCCAAUAAUGUAAAUAGGUUCUAUCAAACGAAGAAGUGUGAUAAUAGUUAUGAGAUUAAUCUAAAAGAUGUAUUUUCUUCUUGUUGUUC